GAAAAACAAUUUAAAAUUUAUUUGGGAUAUUGAUUGAGAAUUUGAAAUAGACACUACUGUAAAUGCUGGUGUGGCAGCAGCUGUGGAGCGAGAGCCAGUUAACGUGUCGUGUUAAGAGCCGACAUGAUCCAGAAGCGAAACGUUCCGCCAGGGAGUUAAUGCAAGUCACCAUCACCCCUUGGUUUACCGCGUUCCUUGCUUGAAUUUUAAAAAUAUCAGCUAGAGCGACGGUUCUAAUGUGACUAAUCGAACAAUGAAGAACGGCUUUGAAAUCAGUUUUAUAUGACGGAUGUCGUGAAAUUUGUUCUGCAGCAGCAGUACGGUGCAAUACAAAAAACUAUAAACUACAACAAGAAAGUAACUGAAACCAUACGACGGAAAGAAGGAGACGAAGGACAGCGCACGACUCCGCCGUGUGUGCCGGCGAGAGAAACUUUCCACAGACUUGCCCAGUGGCUGGAGAUCAUGGCCAACGUCACCGAUCCCGAGGCGGAUGAGGAUUAUUAUGAAGAUGCAUAUGAAAAUAUUCCAGUGGCGUCACAGAUGGAUUUGAAGAGUGCCCUGGAUGAGUGCAACACUGCUCUGAGUUUAUUUUUAAAUAACAAAUUUUCUGAAGCCUUGGAUUUGUUGCGCCCUUGGUCCAAAGACAGCAUGUACCACGCUCUAGGUUACAGUACUAUGCAUGCCAUGCAGGCAGCCAUGACAUUUGAACAGAAUGAUAUUCUUGCAGCCAUUGGAACAAUGAAGGAAGCUUUACAGACCUGUCAGAAAUUUCGAAAGAAAAAUUCUGUUGUGGAGUCGUUAUCGAAUUUAAUAUCAAAACAAGGGGCUGACCAACUGACAGAAGAGGAGAUGCAUGCAGAGAUGUGCUAUGCUGAAUGUCUGCUUCAGAAGGCAGCUCUGACAUUAGUGCAGGAUGAAAAUAUGAUUAACUUUAUUAAAGGAGGAAUCAAAAUCCGAACAAGUUACAACAUUUACAGGGAAUGCCAGCAGAUUGUGCAGAUGACACAGGAUCGAGUCAAAACUGAUGUCUAUUGCCAGUUUGAAGGUGGAGUCAAAUUAGGAAUUGGAGCCUUUAACCUGAUGCUAUCUUUGCUACCUUUAAGAAUUCUUCGACUACUUGAAUUUAUCGGAUUUUCGGGUAAUCAGGAGCUGGGAUUAUUGAUGCUGCGAGAAGGUGCUGCUACUCAUAGUCUGAGAGCAAUACUGUGUGCUUUGACUCUUUUGAUGUACCAAACUUACAUCACUGUAGUCCUCGGUGGAGGUGAAGGCAACCUCAAAGAAGCCGAGACACUCCUUGAACCCUACCUCAAGAAGUAUCCCAAUGGUUCUAUUAUCAUAUUUUAUGCAGCCAGAAUUUGCAUACUCAAGGGUAGCUUUGAAGUGGCUCAGGCGAAGUUUGAGGAAUGUAUUGCAGCUCAGGAAGAGUGGAGACAGAUUCAUCACCUGUGUUACUGGGAGUUAAUGUGGAGUAACUCAUUUCAGCAACGAUGGCUGCAGGCGUAUCGGUAUGCAGACCUCCUGUGCAAAGAGAGCCGCUGGUCACAAGCAAUCUAUACAUUUCAGAAGGCUUCAAUUCUCAGCAUGCUGCCUGAGGAGGAAGUUAAAAAACUGAAUGAGAAUGUGGAAGAACUCUUCAGGCGUGUUGAAAGCCUGAAGCAACGAUUUGCUGGGAAAUCUAUUCCCACAGAGAAGUUUGCAAUAAGAAAAGCCAGGCGAUACAUGUCUCCCAUACCUGUCAAACUGGUCCUGCCUCCCCUGGAAAUGAUGUAUAUUUGGAAUGGAUUUGCAAUUCUGGGCAAACGAGCAGAUCUAACUGAGAGCAUGCUGGUUACGAUCGAAAAGGCAGAAUUAGAAUUACAAAAGCAUCCAAAGUCUGCAGAAUACCAAGUGGAUGAUGAGAGUCUUAUACAGCUUCUAAAAGGCCUAUGCCUGAAACACUUGGGUCGAUUUUUACAAGCUGAACUUUGCUUCAAUCAAGUCAUACAAAAUGAGAAGAGGAUAAGAUAUGACCAUUACUUGGUGCCAUACGCUCACUAUGAAAUGGGAAUGUUAUACAAAGGGCAAGGAGAGUGGGAGAAAGCAAAAAAGUGCAUUGAAACUGCAAAGAAUAACUACAAGGACUACUCCAUGGAAUCUAGAUUACAUUUUCGGAUCCAUGCUGCAAUGAACAGUUUAAAUACCUCAUUCCUUGAUCACCCCUGAAGUCUGUUGCAAUAAAUAAGUGCUCUGUACAGGUUGGGAUAGAUGAAAAAAAUCACAGAAUGGAACAAAAUAAGGAUACUAUUAUUUGAUAGAGUAUUUGAAAAUAGUAAAAUUUUUCCUUUAUUCUUGUCUUAUAAAUUAUCCAGGCAUUUUUCUACAGUGCUGUAAAAUAUGUUAAGUUCUAAAAGGUGUUGAUUAAAUAUAAGAUAAAGAUUUGCUGAUUUAAAAAAAAGCAUUUGUUUCCACUUGAACAUUACUAGGGCAAUUGCUGGUGCAAUAAAUAUAUUUAAUAGCGUAGGCUGUUUAUAUUUAUUUUUAAUUUCUUUUAAUGAAUGAAAGCUUGCAACCACAAUGAGUGAAUAGCCUCAGAUGUUUGAUAUUCAAAAUAAAAGCAGGAAGAAGUUUGCACUUAAAAAUGUUUUGACAGUGGAAGAGUGCUAGUUGUAAUUGGGUAUUGAGAGUCACAAUAGAUUUACUUGUUCAGUGCUUGCCACAUAUGUGGAGUGAUCUAUUCAGCCUAUUCCAGUGAGGAAUGGACAGUCAUUACCUGAAACAUAAUCAAGUGUUGAUGCAUGACAUUUCAAUAAUAAUGUUCAGUAGACAACAAAAGAAAUCAUAUUCUCGUCUGGGCAUAUACACACUUUUAAAACGGUUUACACUUGAGAGCUCAUGAUUACUUGGUCCAAUACCAUAAUGACAAAUCAUCACUACUGUAAGGACUAAUAAGGACAUAUCUCCAGCUCACUUCAGCAAGCAGAGUUUGAGGAUAGCACACAUAAUAGGGCCAGCUGAACAAACACAACUUUUUUCAGUGCUGUACAAGCAUUCAGAUACAAACUUCAUAUAAUUCAUUAAUGUGAAAACCUAAUAGCUUAUUUUCUUCAAGAAAAAAGCAGAAGACUUGUGAAUAAAAUUGGGAAACAAAAUGAAACAGCUAUAUCUGUAAACUUUUUAAGUUUAUUGAUGGAGUCAAUAUAAAAUCUAUUCUAUUAGGAAAGAAUUUUGUCAUCAAAUGGCACCACAUGACCAUCAAAGGGGAAAUGAUGAUUUCACAAAGCUGGGAUUUGCUGGACAGCUGAGUUUUUACACGGGGUAUAAUUUCCCACAUUUAGGUCUCUUUUACAAAGAGAAUAUAGAAAUAAAAAUCUACAGGAACACAUUAGUAUAAUCAUCAGCAACGCAGCACAAGUCUUACGCAUGUGGUGAUUUACUAUAACAUUAAACUGUGCACAAUUUAUUAUUGAUAUUUUAUAUAUGUAUCAAUGUAGAACCUGUAACUGAAAUACUGUUGAAAUGCAGUUCUCUGAGCAUUGCGUUAGAUAAUUGUUUUCUCCCAAUGCUUAACUGUGCAUGUUUACAGCCCCCCUAUGUUAGAAAGACAUCAGCAUUCUCAGUAAAUAGGUAAUAAGCUACAGAUCAAUUUUUUUUCAAAUUUCUUUUAUACGUAAUUUGAUAGUUAUUUCCUGGUUUUAUUCAACUUGUAUGUCAUAAAGUUGGAGCUAAGAAAGAAUAAUUUUGUGGUAUUUUAAAUAAUUUCAAGUAUUUUGAUGACAAAAUAAGUUCUAGUAUUGGUCUCACUGAGAUAGUUGGUGUCCUGCACUGGAAAAUAGAGCUGGAUGGAAAAUGAAAUCAGCUGUCGGGCACUCAUUGAGCGUAGGAUAUGAGAUCAUUUAGGAGAAGAACAGGCUGUUUGGCCUAUCGUGUGUGUACAGACUGUGAUGCCAAUCUGUUCUGCCUGUGCACGGUACAUAUAGUUUCAUUCCCUACCUGUUCUCAUCAUGUAUCUGUCCAAAUGCCCAUUAAAUGUUGUUAUUGUAUCUGCUUCUCGAAUAUAAGCUUCCACCACGAAAAUAGUUUUUGAUUAUAUACUUCUACCAGAUUAGCAGUUGGCCUCUUCCGCUCCAGAGAAAACAAUUCAAUUUUUUCCAUCCUCUCCUUACAGCUAACAUUCUAACCCAGGCAACAUCCAGGUGAAUCUCUUCUACACCCUACGUAAACUUUCCUCGUCCUUGCUGUAUUGCUGCAGCUAGAACAUCAAGGAUGCCAUAACCAGAAAGCAGCAACAUAACCGUUCAGCUUUUAUAUUCAAUACCCUAGCACACCCUAUACACUUUUCUCCAGCCUAUGCACUUUCGUGGGCUAUGGGCCUGCAAUUUUAUGACACUCUGCCCAACUGCCUUUAUAUGUAUAGUAUUGGGAAAGUUUGAUGCCAGUGUUCAAUUUCCCAUGUAGAUAACUAUUAGCUGAAUAUUUGAACCUUCGUAGGUUUAGAAGUGAUCUCUUCAUCUCCUGAGGGGGGAUGUUUAAAAAGCUUUGUUACAGAGGGAGUUGUAGGUGCCUGGAAUGGGCGGCCAAUGGGAUUGGUGGGAACAGUUACAAUAGUGGCAUUUAAGAGGCUGUUUGGCACUGAAUGUACAGGAAUGAGAGACAUGUUUUAUCUACAUAUACCCUACAUGAUCAUGAAAUGGCAGAAGAGAUUUAGUUUAAUUUGGCACAGACAUUGUCAUCUUAAGGCCCUGUUCCUAAACUAUUCUAUUCACAUAGAAUAGUUCAAUGUUCUAUGUGAUAUUCAGUCAGCUGGUUUGUCCCAAAGGCAUCCCUGUACCAGGGAGAAGAAAAAUGAGCAUAUAUUCUUGCAUCUCAUCUCUGUCUCUAAUGACAAUUGCUGAAUGUGCACACUUGUGUUUGCUGAGCUGGGUUUGCACCUGAGUGUUGAGCUGUCAGGAUUCAUUCCUGAAAUCUGUUCGGAUUCGCAAUACUGUGACUUCAGUUGAAAGAUAGAAAUAAAAAAUAGAAAUAGAAAAAGUUAAGUGGUAUUGGUUUGCUUAAAUAUAAAAUUAAUGCGGCAAUUUUUAGAUCGGUUCCUUCAGUAUUUUGUGCUCCUCACACUCUCCCCCUUUUCAACAACCACAUAGAACCACAGAACGUUACAGCACUGAAACAGGCCUUCUGGCCCUUCUUGGCUGUGCUGAACCAUUUUUCUGCCUAGUCCCACUGACCUGCACCUGGCCCAUAUCCCUCCAUACACCUCUCAUCCUUGUACUUGUCCAAGAUUUUCUUAAAUGUUAAAAGUGAACCCGCAUUUACCACUUCAUCUGGCAGCUCAUUCCACACUCCCACCACUCUCUGUGUGAAGAAGCCCCCCCCCCCCAAUAUUCCCUUUAAACUUCUCCCCUUUCACCCUUUACCCAUGUUCUCUGGUUUUUUUCUCCCCUGGCCUCAGUGGAAAAAGCCUGCUUGUAUUCACUCUAUCUAUACCCAUCAUAAUUUUAUAUACCUCUAUCAAGUCUCCCCUCAUUCUUCUACGCUCCAGGGAAUAAAGUCCUAACCUAUUCAACCUUUCUUGGGUAACUCAGUUGCUCAUGUCCCGGCAACAUCCUUGUAAACCUUCUGUGCACUCUUUCAACAUGAAGACUACUAUAGUUAGUCUCCUGCUAUCAGUAAACAGUCCUUUUCAAAAGUCAAUACUUAUUCACUUUUGUUUUUAAUGUGGUUAAUGGGAUGGCUCCAUAGUGAUUAGCACAACGCUUUACAGUACUAACAACCUGGGUUCAGUUCCCUCUGCUGCCUGUAAGGAUUUUGUACCUGUGACCUUUGGAUUUCUUCCAGGUACUCCAGUUUCCUCCCACAGCCCAAAGACAUAUAGUUUGGUAUGUUAUUUGGUCACUGUAAAUUGUCCUGUGAUUAGGCUAGGGUUAAAUCGGAGGUUGCUGGGCAACAUGUCUCGAAGGCCUGGAAGGGCCUAUUCUGCACCAUAUCUCAGUAAAUAAAUAAACAAACAAACAAACAAAUAAACAAACCAAUCUGUAUGGUUUCAGCUCUAAUAUUUACUAAACUGUGUGCACAAACUAUAUUGAGUUCUACCUCUGCAUCACUUUGCCUGCUUUGCAGAGGUCUGUGAUUCACUUUGAUUUAAGUGAUUCCAUGUUUGAUGAAGAGUGGGUUAAUAAUUUCUUUCGAUUCUUUAUGUAGCUGAAUCAAACAAACAGGACUUUAUAAAGAUCCUCUGAUUGUUCUUACUCAUUCCCCUUUUUCUCACAACUGCUAUGAGCAAUGAAGGUUCUCAGCUAACGUGUUGGCUCUUUGCUUCACCUGCCGAGUUCCUCCAGCAUUUUGUAUGUGUUACUCUAGAUUUUCAGCAUCUGCAGAAUCUCCUGUGUUACUACAAAUGCUGAGACCUUUAACAAAUUUCCAGAUAAGAUUAUGUAACUUAGUACAGGCUUGAAACAUGACCUUUUGACAAUAACAAAACCCCUAUGAAGGUCACUAAAGAUAAACAGUCUUACCCUGUCACUCAGUCAUCUCUCAACACUUCCCUCUCACUCGCACCACUUCAUCGUUGUAUUUUCUAUUGCAGUAUCUUUCAUUGAUGUUAGUUCUUUGACAAAUAACUGAUUUGUUAGCUUUUUAUUUUCUGGUUGUAAGAAUGGCACCUUCUAACUGUAGUAUUGAAGGAAUAUAUUUUCUUUUAGCUCCCAAACACCAUGAUCAGGCUUGAAUUGUUCUUUCAUGUCUUAAGGUUCUACCUUGUGUUUCUGAAAUUUAAUGUAAUUGGAGAGAGUCUAGAGGAGGUUCACAAGGAUGAUUUCAGGAAUGAAAGGGUUAACAUGUGAGGAGUAUUUGGCAGGUUUGGGCCUGUACUCACUGGAAUUUAGAAACAUAGAAACCCUACAACACAAUACAGGGUUGUAUUGUGCCGAACAUGUCCCUACUUUAGAAAUUAUUAGGCU